AUGGCAGAAAGCCCUAUGUACAGAGUAGUGCAGUGCGUACCCACUGGAGAGAAACCGGUGAAGGCGGCGAUACUUGUUUUCGACGAACACAUUGAAGUCUUUCAAGACAAGUCACUUAUCACGGAAAACAUAGUGGCUGCCGUCCUGAGAACGGACCAGUGGGAAAUAGGGGUAAUAUCAGUGUACUUCGAAGGCGAUGAACCCAUCGAACCAUACCUCGAACAACUAGGAAGCGUCACGAAAAAACUUAAAACCAAGAUGGUACUGAUUGGAGGGGACGUGAACGCAUGGAGUGAAUGGUGGGGAGCCGAAACGAAGACACACGAGGAAAGGAAUUACGAGGGUUCCUUGACGAAGAAGGGCUGA